AUGUUGUGGCUAAGGUACAUGAAGAUGCUGGUAGGUGGAACCUUGGCAUUAACCUCGAUAUCAUUGAGUAUUCUUUAUUUCUGUCAAAACAGAUUAAUAUACCCAUCAUGGGCUCAAGGAGCAAGGAAAUUUGUUGAUACACCUGACAGUCGUGGAUUACCUUAUAAAAGAGUAGUUUUAACAACAAAGGAUGGAGUCAACAUAGAAGCGUACGAUUUACAAAAUGAAAAAUCCACCUCUACAGUUUUAAUUCUUUGCCCCAAUGCUGGUAAUAUCGGUUACUUUAUUCCGAUACUAGAUAUUUUCUAUAGACAAUUCGGUUUAAGUGUUUUCAUUUACUCAUAUAGAGGUUAUGGGCAUUCUCAAGGUUCACCAAAUGAAAAUGGUAUGAAACUAGAUGCAGAGAGAGUUGUUUCAUAUCUUGCUACAGAUCCACAUCAUAAAGAAAGAAGACUGAUCCUUUAUGGCCGUUCACUUGGUGGCGCUAAUGCACUUUACAUUGCAUCAAAAUUUCCACAAUUAUGCGACGGUGUAAUAUUAGAAAACACAUUUUUGAGUAUUCGUAAAGUGAUACCAUAUAUCUUCCCAUGGUUAUCUAGAUUUUCAUUUAUGUGCCAUGAAAUUUGGAAUUCUGAAGGAUUAAUGACUCAAUGUAGUGAAACUACAAGUUUCCUAUUUUUGAAUGGAUCAAGAGAUGAGAUUGUUCCACCGGCUCAUAUGAAGAAACUAUAUGAAUUAUGUCCUGCAAGAAAAAAGAAGUUUUUCGAAUUUCCAUUAGGCCAUCAUAAUGAUACAAUAAUACAGGAUGGAUACUGGAAUAUUAUCAAAGAUUUUCUGAAGUCCAAUAAUUUUAUUUAA